GAGAUAUCAAUGAGAUACUUCCCAAGUUAAAGCCUAUAGUAGUCAACACGAAAGCACCAGUAGAAUCAACAUCCGCUUCUAUCGCUAAGAAGACAACCGACGAAAAUACGAACAAGAGACCGGCUGUAAAUGUCCUUUCCACUGGAUUGAUUAAACGCAAAAAGCAUUGAGCAAGAAACUGAAAUGCCCAGCCGAAGAAAUAAAAAGAGAGGUGCUAAAAAGACACCUGCUAGUAGCACUGAAUCAAUCACACAGCCCCAACCAAUCACCUCCACAGUACCAGAUCAAGAAAACUUGAACACAACUACGAGCAAGUUGGGUAGUACUGACCCAAAAAGUGAAAGCACGACUAUGCCUGGUGCAUUACAAGAUGAGAGUAAUACAGUUAACAAUGCACCGCCAACUAGACAGGCUGCAGGUGAUAAAGGUGUUGCAUCAACUGAUAGCAACAUGCCCACGUCUGAUCUCAACUCUGCAACAGCAACUGAAUAUGAGAUUCCUCCCGCAGGCCCAGUUGGUGUUGGUGCUUUAGGCGGCACACCUACUGGUGCUGCAGUUGCCGCAGUCAACAUAGCUGAUACCGAUGGUCUUAAUUCUCAGACACAACCACCAACAGUUUUAUCUGAUAAUGUAAAUCACUGCAUCCAAAGCGCUAUUGCCUCCCGAAGUGUCAACGUAGAGAAUAUCAUUAAAAGCGUAUCCAGCAAUGUUCAAUCAGGAGUCUAUACUACCAAAGCAAGCACAACUGCUACUAUUCCUAAGGUUGCCACUUCCGCCGGAGUGCAUACAGGAGGUACUGCUAACACUGGCAUUACUGCUGCUGAUACUGCGGGUUCUGUUGGUGCUGUCUGUGCUGCUGGAGCUGCUGGAGCUGCUGGAGCUGCUGGAGCUGCUGGAGCUGCUGGAAUUGCAGCCAACAGUUCUAAAAGUAAUAAUGAAAGGGGUAUAAAUGCUAACGGAACUAAUAUUGGUGCUAAUGCAGCAAAUACAACUACGACUGGUGCAAAUCCUGUCGGGUCUGUUGCUGCUCCUAUUGGUACGACUGGUGCUGUUCAUCCUACUGACACUGUUAAGCAACCUAUGAAUACUGCAGCCGUUACUACUAAUAACACCACCGGCUUCGUGGGUACUACUGAUACUAUUGAUCAUAACGCUUCCUCAACUUCCCAAGGGAUUUCAGAUGGUCGUCGUCGAAGUAGUGGACGAAGUGGACGACGCCCCAUUCCUGCUGAGCUGAUUGGCGGUACACCUAAUUGUGCACCUCCAGCUGUAGCUACCAAUAGUAGUUCAGUCGUUGGCAGUGACGUUGAGGAAGGCCAAGCAUACGAUCCUGUCCGCCGGUUAUCUGGUGGUAUUACCUCAGCUGUUACAGGUGCUGCAAAUUCAGGUCGAAGAUUAAGUGAAACUGUACAAGACAAAUUGCACAUGAAGACUGCGGGUAAAAAGGGAUCAGAUGAAGCAAAGGACACAGUUACUGCGCCUAUUCCACCAAGUAAACAACAGCCCACAACAACUAGCUCUGCUGUUAUUAAUGGUCAAGGUAGAGCAGCAACAGUAGGACCAACAGAUAAGUCAGCUGAGGGUGGUCGCAAACCUUCAAAAAAGAAAAAUUGUAUCAUCUUGUAAUUCGGUUCUCUACUUCCAUCUACAUUUUUUGGAGCGACGUUUCGUAUUACAUUACUAUAUAGCAUACUACUUAAUGAAUAUCAAAUAUUUCUAAUUCUAUCUCACUUAUUCAUCUUAUGUUAAUUGUUGUCAACUUCCGA